UCGUUUGCUCAUAGUUUUUAGGAUUUAUUAUGAGCACGUAAAAUUUAAUGCAUAUUGAAAUGAUGAAUACAAAUAUAAAAAUAUAUUUUUUGUUCACAACUCGUAUAGGUAAAUAUCUUUGUUUCCUCUAUCAUCAGAGGUCGCAAAACUUGUCGGUCACUGACCAGAAGCUAGCAAAAGCCUAGUUAUUUUAGAUCCUCUUCCGAGAGAGAGAAAGAGAACAUCUUGGCACCACUCUCUAAAUAGUAGCUUUAAAACACAAAAUAAAAUUGAAAUGUAGGCCUGCAACUGCUUGUAUGCUACAUCUCAUUAUUUCUUACGUAAUACGAUGCAAUUUACAGAUAAAUAGAAACAAAAAAAAGACGAAUUUCAUUUCAGGAAUUAUUCGACCGAAGACGAACUAAAUCUUUUAAAGUUUACAGCGACAAGAUAGUCAUCAACAAGGUAUUAGUUACGUGUUAGUCAUUGUUUGCCUGUAGUCCAUUUCAAAGGAAAAACUUUCCACGUGAAUCAAACAUGUUCAACUUUUGUUUUUACUAUUACUUCGUUCUAGAAAACUUUCCAUGUUUCCCCCUGGUGUGCCACAGUUAAAUUCCUAUGUAAGAUAACACCAAUUUUUUUUUUAUCUGUCACAUCGUAACGUAAUAAUGCACAAUUUUUUCUUAUAUCGUCUAAUUGUCGCACAACCCUAUUAUGUAACAGUUGUUUUUUCAGUUGUUAAGCAGUGUAUUUUCAGUUGUCAACGAGAUAUGCAGUUGCCUGAUUAAUUGUAAAAUGCACCAAAGAAACUGAAUACUUCGCAAUGCAAAUACCUUUGAGGUCUUUUACAUUGUUUCUCCGUUGUAGCGGUGGGAAAAUCUUGGCGUGAUAGUCAAAGCGACAAAAGCAAGAAUGAUUUGAAGAUUGUGUCCAUUGUAUUAGAUAAGACGAGUAAGGAAGUUGGGUUGCAUUUGUGCAAACACAUGGUUCAAUAGCCGAAGAAUUCUGUUAGGUCAACUCAAAUUUCCUUACUAAUGCGUCACCGGAGUGGAAAAUUUGGAAGCCCUUGCGUUUCGAGUUGAGAUACGACGAUAAAACUGAUCGUACUUCCAAAAAGAGCGCGUAUCAGUGAUCUCCUGAUCAAAUAACAUGUUCAAUUAUUUGAUCCGUUGAAUGGCGGGAUGAUCAGUAGUUACCGAUACCAAAAAUCUUAAAUAAUCAAGUAAUUAAACAUGGAAAAAAAAAUAUACACAUCGAAUUGAGUAUCCUCCUCCUCGGAUAAAAAAUCGGAUAAAGUCGGAUAAAAAAGAUAGAAACAAGUUUUAAAUCGUGUUAAUGUUGUAUCGAUAACGCGCUCUAAUUAAAAGCUUGAAUUAUUAAUUAUCUUUAUUAUAGUUAUAUGAAACAUAAUCAUUUUCAAUAUGCAAGUCAUCGUGUAAAUAGCAACAAAAGAUAUGCGUAGGUUGUUGUUUUUAAUCUGUUAAACGGUACAUCGGGAAUAUUUAUAUCUAGUACAUUGACUGUACAUAUAAACGAAAUACGGUGGACCUGGAAGAUUUGAUAUUCAAUGGAAAAAAACUGGCAAAGGAUCGUCAUACGUACAUAUAUACACGCACACGGAAAGACGAAUCUUAUUUUUAUAUGAUAAUCGUAUUUACGUGGACGUGAAGUUUAAACUUUUACAAAUCGAGGGUAUCAAUUUAAAUUAUUGCUUCUUAAUUAAUGCAUUAUCACUUGAAAUCUUGACAUUUCUUAAUCCUUAUAAUAAUCAGAGAUAUGUAAUUCUAUUGUUAAUUUUGUGUAAAAAAAAAUUAAAGAACAGUUGCCGCAUUUUAUGGGCGCGCAAUUUUGAAUUUCAGUAGAUGGCGCGUGCUUUUAUUGAACUGGUCGCGCGGUAAUUGUUCAAAGUAAAUUGACUUACGCUAUUUUUUCCAUAGAAUCGAUGAUUCGCCAUAUGAGUCUUACUAAGAAAUUGAUAUUGGUUAUUAAAUUACAGAAUGAACAAAAUAUUCUAUAUUUAAUACAUGGCUGCUUUAAUUUAAGGUCGUACCGCGCCUAUAAAAAUGUUAUGUACAUACACGUACGACCUCGAUUCCAUUUAUGGUUUACGUUAUACAGGAUGUUUCAUGACGUAUGAAUAUAACUUCAUGGCUGAAUGUUUGAAAGGUGGAGAUAUUAAGAAGAUCUUUAUAAACACACAUGUACCAUGUCUGUACUUUAGUUAUAGGCAUUAAUAUUUCAAUAUUUAUAACAUCAAUAUCUAGUUUAGACUAAUCUCUUUAUCUAUGACAUUACAUGAAACAUAGAAAUGAUGAAAUAAGGAGUGAAGCCUACUGUAUGUUCACGCAAGCAAAGGAUUAAAUUGUACAGAAAUAUAAAAGGAAAUAAAUGAACGAAAUCUCGAAGAAAUCCGAUAAAAAGAGAUAAAGCGGACAUAGCAAUAAAUUUAUUGCACCGAUUAUAUCGUUGGAUUAUGAUCCUUCUGUCUCUGAUUGUGAGAUAAUUUCAAGAAUGUUAGUCAGCGAGUUCAUGGAAUUUUAAUAGAAACACGUAAUAUUUCGUUCGACGAUACUUAACGGCAUUGGAAUAGACGAUAAGGAGGCUUAAAAUCAUGCACGAAAAGAAGUAUGACCGUGACAUUCUCUGGUUGCUACGGAAGUCAGUUUUCCAGCUGUUGAAAACGUGUCCACGACCCCAAGGAUGGUACAGUUCACGGCAUAGACAACGGAAAUUCAUGGGUCGUUCGCGUUCCACGGCUCGUCAAGGAGGCGAGCCAAGAAUGACACAGGUCGGGUCGCGCGGAAGCAGCCGACCGUUGCACGUGCUUACGGACAGAAAGACGAUUAUCGCCACCAUCCAUGGGUUACCAGUACCCGUUUACACAUUUGGAUAUUUUAAAUUGACCUUAACAAAAUGGAAAUGCAUAAAAACACGAACAGCAAGAAGAGUUCCAUACGAGGAGACGAGAUGACGCUUAAGGAACCUCACAGGAAUGGCAGCACCUACGGAGCCUUUCAAUCGAAGGAUCCGAUUUUGGCGGUGGAAAAAGGAUCUGAAAUUGAAAGUGUACAUAACGAGCAUGGAAUUUCCGUUCACCAUCCGACCUCGUAUUUAGAAACAAUGAUGCACCUGUUCAAAGGUAACGUCGGGUCCGGUAUAUUUGCAUUAGGGGAUGCUUUCAAGCAUGCCGGACUAUUGCUGGCUCCACCGCUUACAAUCUUCCUUGGGGUUAUUUGUGUUCAUGCCCAACAUAUUCUGAUUAAGUGUAACGAAGAGGUGACGCGUCGUGUUGAUGAUGUGAGCGCCUCGACUGGAUUCGCUGGUACCGUGGAAUUGUGCUUUGCUACCGGGCCUCUUGCACUCCGAAAAUACUCCGUAUUUAUGAGACAAUUGGUUAAUGUAUUUUUAUGUAUCACGCAACUCGGAUUUUGCUGCGUUUAUUUCGUUUUCAUCGCCACCAAUAUGAAGCAGGUGUUGGACGUGUACGGGAUCGAGAUGGACGUUCAUCAACACAUGGCUGUGAUUCUGAUCCCCAUAAUGCUCAGCACGUGGAUCAGGAACCUGAAGUACCUGGUGCCGAUUUCCUCGAUGGCAAAUUUUCUGGUCACAGCGGGCUACAUCGCCACAAUGUAUAUAAUGUUCCACGAUUUGCCACCCGUUCAAGAGAGACGGUACAUAGCGGAUUGGCACGAUCUGCCUCUGUUCUUUGGCACUGUGAUAUAUUCUUUCGAGGGUAUCACUUUGGUUUUACCCCUGAAGAAUGAAAUGAAGAAACCGAGUAAUUUCAAUAAAUCGUUCGGUGUUCUGAACGUGGGAAUGGUUAUUGUAGGCGCGAUGUUCGUCGCGAUGGGUUUUAUAUCGUAUUUAAAAUAUGGCGAUGCAGUGGCUGGAUCUGUAACGUUAAAUCUCGAAUCCACUGAAGUGGUGGAUGGAAAAAUCAUCGUCACGCAUUCAAGCUUACCACAGUGCAUUAAAGUUGCCAUCUCGUUGAGUAUAUUACUCACGUAUGCAUUGCAAUUUUACGUUCCCAUUGCGAUCAUUUGGCCGAAGAUCGUCAAUCAAUUUGGCCCUUUCCAGUGGCCAGUUAUAGCAGAGACUGUUUUCCGUUCCGCGGUUUGUUUCCUCACAUUCAUCCUAGCCGAGGCGAUACCUCAACUGGGUCUGUUCAUAUCAUUGGUAGGCGCAGUGAGCAGCACCGCCCUCGCCUUGGUAUUUCCACCGAUCAUUGAGAUGGUUGUGUGUUGGCAGAACGCAUCUCUUAGUCCUUUCACGAUAUCAAAAGACAUCUUGAUAGUACUGAUCGGUCUCCUAGGCUUCGUUACAGGAACGUACGAGAGCCUUAACUCGAUCAUUCGGGCGUUUAGCACGUAAUUUAAAAUUAGUUCGUUGUAUAAAUCGUCGUUAUAAGUAUAAUUAGCAGAACGCGCGGAAUUAAUGGAUCAUGACAUGAACGCGAACGUAUAGGCAAUGAUUGUUGAUGAUAAGAAAAAGCCAGGAUUCAUCGAAAUUUUGUAGAUUGUUACUAUUAAUACUACUUUAUUAUUAUCGAUAAUAAUGUUAUUUAUUAGCCUAGCACCAUGUUGAGUUCACGUAAAACGGAUCUUACAUCUUAAUUCUUGCUAUGUAAUAUUCUCUGUAUUAUCUAGAACGAGGAAACUUAUCAUCUGUGAUUUGUUUUACUGUCGAUAAAGUGCUUAGGAUUCUGUAUAUGUACAAACAGGGUAAAGAAAUCUCGAGUUUUUUGUUUUUUUUAGAAACGAUUCGCGGUUACCAAUUCGAACGAGAUCAGUAAGUUGUCGAUUAAAAAUAAUGUUACAUAUAGUGAUAUUUUAAUUGUCGUGUUAUUCACAGGAAUUUGCUAUUUAUUUUAUUUCUAAUUGUAAAUAAUUCUACUAAGUACUUGAAAGUAUAAUUAGUGGAAACAGUUAAAUAUGCUCAAAAAUAUAAUCAUUGCUUAGAGUUUUGGCCAAUUUAACAUGAUAGUUAAAUUAUUAUAUAUUUUCAUUUUGAUGCUUUUAACACGUUGAGCACCACUCGAAAGUUGUUCAAAGUUUUAUUAAAUAGUAUUUUUAUUAUCCACAAUUUCAUGUAUCUAAACAAAUCCUAAUGAAUUCCUAUUCAAAACCAAGGGUCAUCCAAGUAUGGAUGGCACGGUAGUCAACGUGUUAAGGAUUUGGUAAUCGUGACCGGAAAUUCGAACUCGUACGUGAUGUAUCAUCGCCUAUAUUACAAAUUAUGGUAAUUGUUUGUGUCUUGAAUGCGACGUAAAGUUAGAUAUCUAUCAUAGUUUUAUAGGCUGUCCGAUUAGCUGUACGGAUUACACGUAAAAGUAAACGCUGACUGUUACUGCAAUUACCGUGAUAUACGUAGCUCAUAUGAAUUAACAAAGAGUUUUAAGAGAUGUAAAAGAAAAAAGAAAAAAUAAUAGAAAACAGAGAAUCGACACGACGAACAAAAGAUGAAUGUUGAUCGUGAUCAUUGUGAAAUGUAAUAUCGUGUUCGACGAUCAUGUGAUAUAAAAGACAUACGCGUAAGUUAUACAGGAAACGUACAAAUGCUUUUUCGUCGAGGAUCGUUGGUUUAAGAUUACGGAAUGUUGAUGGUUCUACAGCGUGUCGAUUUGUAAUUUUAUGUAUUAUAGUUGCGAAGAUGCGAUUGUAUUAUAGUUGUGCCAGAGGGUGACCAUCGUUUUGGCAUGAAUAAUUUUAGUCGUAUUUAUAUCAUUAUUUAUUAAACACAUUUUUCUAAAUAUAAUACAUUAUCUUAUGUUUUAAUUCAAAUACAUACAAUUUCCAAAAUCAAUGUUGAAUUGAAUAUUAAAAAUAUUUAACGAUAUUGGUCACCCUGGGUCACAAUGAAUUAUAUUAGUUCUUAAACGAAUCACCACGUAUUCUCUUAUAUACAAGAGAAUCGAAUUUGUUUUUCAUUUUACAGCGACUGAAGAACCCUCGAGGGGAUGAAUUAUAUUUGUUAAGCAACGGAUGUAACGUCGAUUCGAUGUGUAUAUAUAAUGUAAUUUACUCACGUUCUUUCUCUCGCAGUGUGACCGAUUUAUUUAUAAACAGGAAGAUUGACGAAAACGACGAGAAAUUGCAUCAAUUUUGUACGCUGUCACUGAUGGACAAUACUUUACUUUAAUACCGAACUUUUUAUAUGUGUACAUAGAUAUAUAGUGUGAAAAAACGAAACGUGAUAAAAAAAAAAAAGACAGAAAAAUUCAGCUUAAAUUAAAAGUGUAAAACUUCGAUACCCGUUUUUAGAAUUAGAUCGACGUUAUCGUGUGCUAAAACUAACGAAGAUUAGUUAGAUAAUUACUAACACAUUAGUUCAUUCGCGUUCAUCGACAAAACGAAAGUCUGUUGAUACAGAUUUAAAUGUAUCGAACGAAAAGAAAACAGUAUUUCAAAAAAAAAAACAAGAAAAAAAAAGAAUUUGAAAUACAAAUGAUACAAAAAAAAAAAAAGAACAAAAUAUCCCACUGUCAUACGUAGAAAUAGUUAAGGGUUACUUGUAAAUUAGUACAAGAAUUAGAAACAUGGAGUACCGUUGCGGGGAUAUAACGUUAAUCGUGAUCAAUUGUUAUUCAUUUGCACACAUCCAGAAUUUAUACUUGUGCCCAAUGGUCUGACGAUAGAUUUCUAGGAUCUCCUGUAGACCCAUUGUACCGACAUAGUAUUAAUUGAACUUCUGGAUGAUACCAGAAAAUGUAGAUACACAAAUGGUGCAACUGAUGCAUCAUAUUGUGGAGUACAAAUUCUCUCAGGGAUACUUUAUACACGUAGAUUGUGUUGUUAGGUGUCUUUUUUCUUUUUUUUUAAUAGUUCUUUUUUUUUAAAACGGUGUUCUAAGUGAUACCUUUCGUUCGUUGCAGGUUGAUGAAUGAUGAGAGUCAAUGAAACGUGCGUGAUCACGCGUGCUGUCUGUUCAUGUACCACUGUGCUCAGUGAUGCUCGAUUUUAAUUGAUCAUUGACUAAAUAAAUGAUUCGAAAUUGA